AUGGAUCCCGCGGACGUGGAUGUUAGUCUUGAAGUGGGCGACGAUAAGGUCUCCCACAUACAGACUGAAUCUGCACUUCCCCACGUGCUACCUUCUGUGGAAGACAACUUCGACGAAGACCCUGGCACUGCGUCCGUCUCUACCGGAGUGAAGCGCAAGCGUGUCACUACCCCAACACGCACGCAGGCACAUUCAUCUGCUGGGACCAUUGACCCCCUCCCUUGGCACCUAGAUUCUGCCUACAGUAACUCGCUAGACUCUUCGCCUGCAAUUGACAAGUCCCGUCUGACUCGGCUUGGAACCGAGGAGCUUGAAGGGUCUGUGUGGUCCCCACCCCCCACGCGUCAGCUUCAUCUCGGUGCCAUGGCUCCUCUAGAGCCCUCGGAGUUGCCUGGCCUUCCGCCCAACCCCAACCCCAGCUCGCGCGUUUGGGAAUCUCACCGUCCUUCCAAUCUGAACUUCACCAUUUACGAAGACCCUCAGGACCAGGAGAGCCCCAGGGUCAGCCCUUUGCAGGAGGGGUUCCACACGAUCGAAGAGAAUAAAGAGAACAUCUUCCUCACUAGCUCUGACUAUGGUACCUCUGAUGAAGAUGAACAGGGCACUCGGCCCAACCUCUCUUGGAAUGAAGCUUCCGCUGGCCCUCGCGAUGCCUUCGGUCUCCCCCUCAACCAUGAAAUGUCAGAUUUCGUCCGACCUCGCGAUACGCCAUUCCCCGAGCGCCACAUGCGCCGCGGUCGAGAGGUCCUGCGGACCCUCUGGGUUGAUGAGACACAAGUUGCCGAGGAAGAUAAUGGUCGGCUGCAUGAUAACGUUCUGACUGACGCCCAGCUUCGGGAGAUUGAGCAGAUUGAGGAAGGUUUCCAACGAGGACGAACUAUGUUCCGCCCUAACCGCCCCUCUGCUUUGCGUGAAAAUGCCCCCUUUCAGGCUCCGGCCAACUUUGAUGAUGACGUUCGCCGCGUCCUUGAUUUCCAGCAAAUCGAUGAUCCUCCCACUGCUACCGCUGAGGGAAACGAGGGUCGUCGCUCUGUCACUUUCGCGGAAAGCGAGGUGGAGCACCAGCAGCACCAGCCGGAGCAGGAACAGGAGCAAGACCAGUGA